UCAAAGUUACAAAAAAAUGGCUAUCUCAAUGCUUGUUCCUGGUCUUGUGCUCUUUGCUAUGUUCUCUUUUGAUAUUGUUGUUGCUCAUCCAGGUCUAGGAUUUGGAUGGAGAAGUAAUCGUCCCGUCGGAAGGACUUUUUCCUCGAGUCUUUACCCACAGUUUUACCAGUUCUCUUGCCCACAAGCUGAUGAGAUUGUUAUGACUGUGUUGGAAAAAGCCAUAGCUAGAGAGCCAAGAAUGGCUGCUUCUUUACUCAGGCUUCACUUCCACGACUGCUUUGUCCAGGGAUGUGAUGCAUCAAUCUUGUUGGAUGAUAGUGCUACCAUACAAAGUGAAAAGAACGCAGGACCAAACAAGAACUCCAUUAGAGGGUUUCAAGUCAUAGAUGAGAUCAAAGCUAAACUGGAACAAGCUUGUCCUCAAGUCGUGUCCUGUGCUGACAUUCUUGCUCUUGCUGCUCGUGGCUCAACUGUACUGAGCGGUGGACCAUCAUGGGAGCUUCCACUAGGGAGAAGAGACUCGAGAACAGCUAGCCUCAACGGCGCAAACACGAACAUUCCUGCACCAAACUCAACUAUUCAGAACCUCUUAACCAUGUUCCAACGCAAAGGUUUAAACGAAGAAGACCUUGUUUCCCUAUCAGGAGGGCAUACGAUUGGAGUAGCGAGAUGCACAACAUUCAAACAAAGACUAUACAACCAAAACGGUAAUAACCAACCAGACGAGACACUAGAAAGAUCAUACUACUAUGGACUAAGAUCAAUUUGUCCACCAACGGGAGGGGACAACAACAUAUCACCACUAGACUUAGCCUCUCCUGCUAGAUUCGACAACACAUACUUCAAACUCCUUCUUUGGGGCAAAGGCUUAUUGACAUCAGAUGAAGUGCUUAUCACUGGUAAUGUAGACAAGACUGUUGCAUUGGUGAAAGCUUAUGCUGAAGAUGAGAGCCUUUUCUUCCGACAGUUCGCAAAGUCUAUGGUUAAUAUGGGGAAUAUACAGCCUCUUACUGGUUUUAAUGGUGAGAUUAGAAAGAGUUGUCAUGUGAUUAACUAAAAAAACAAAGUAAAAAAUACUUUGUUUGAUCAGUAUGUUAUUGUAUUAAUGGUUGAUGAAGAAUUAAUAAGUCGUGUUAUGUUUGUUUUCAAUAUGUUAUUAGUGAUCUAAUUAAACAACUUUGAAUGAGAAUGUACCGUUUGUUGUUUGUUGAAGGAGUGAGCAUAAAAAUUUCGUA